AUGGUUAAGACCGGAGUGAAACAUACUCUUGUACCUCCGUACCAUUCCGCAUCACAUGGUGCAGCGGAGCGGUCUGUGCUAAUCCUUAAGUGGGCACUCCUGAAACAGGUUUUAAACAGUGAUGGACAGUAUUCCAUGCAGCAUCGCCUUAGUAACUUUUUGUUGAAGUACCGGUCAACACCUCACUCUGUAACAGGUGUGUCUCCCGCGGAAUUGUUUUUGAAGAGACAACUCCGAAACAAAUUUUCGCUCUUACAACCUAAUUUGGAGGGGAGAGUUAGUCGUAGGCAAAUGAUUCAAAAGAAACAUCAUGACAAAGGGCGAGUGAAAGUUAGAUCAUUUGUGGUGAACCAGACAGUUCGUGUCAGGAAUUUUCGCGGAGGACUGGAGAAAUGGGUUCCAGGGAAGAUUGUAAAACAGUUGGGUCCCUUGACCUACUUAGUGCGCGUCGGACCAAAUAUUCGGUAUGCACAUGUCGAUCAUGUCGUGUCAUCGGGAGAGGAAAUACUCAAUGAUGGACCAACAAAAAUGGAGACUGAAAGUGUAGUUGACACAAGUUUACCUACAAGUUAA